GACCUGAUGAGGUUCAGCUGCUCACACAGAAAAACAAACACAGCUAGACUGAAGCUGAGGAUCAACUUGAUUUUCUGACAGAGAUUUAAAGUUUCAGAGAAAAUAUUCAGGCGGGAAAAUGCCACAGAAGAAAAACUUUGAGAGUAUGUGGCUCAUAUUUCUGCUCAUAUUUUGGAAACACUGCAGCACACAGGUGAGGGGUGAAGAGGCUAAUGGACCUCCAGAUGACCUCGGAGCUGAAGAAGGCGGGGCUUUCUUCGCCCUGAGGAGCUGCCAUCAGCUGCUGCACAGCGACAGCGGCGAGUUCUUCUCCCCAGACUACCUCUGCUCCAACCCUCCCCUGUGGUGUAACUGGACCAUCAGGGUGGAUCCUGGUAAGAGGAUCCACCUGCACCUGGAGGACCUGACCCCGGAUGACACCUGCCACCUUAAACAGGACCAGGUCCACGUGGACGAGCCUGCCGGACCCUUCAGGGUUCACAAAGUCCUGCUGAAGUGCUGGAGAGAGGUCAAGUUUACAUCCUCCUCCAACACUUUAUAUGUGAUGCUGCUGAUCAGGGGGCAUCCCAGCCCACCAUACAGGGGCUUCUAUGGGCGCUACCAGGCGUUUGGACCACCGGUGGUUUUUCACCCACAGGACGGCUACAUGCUGAGACAGACAGGGUCUGUUAUUCAGAACGGUGAAGACGGGGAGUCAGACCAACACGACUAUACUCAGAUGGUAAAUCCUGAUCUAAUGUAUGAUUAUUACGAUCAACACGCUGACGUGACGCCAGUGCUGCCCUGGGACGAAGACGAGGACAUGGAGGUGGGUGAAAACCAGCAUGCAGCCUUCAUGAAUUUCAGCCACAUCCACUCGUUCAGGACUGAGCCCACCGUGCCAACGUUCACACAGGAGACGUCCAGAUCAGGACGAGGAGCUGAUCGAACACCUCCACACCCACCUGACCUGUCUGAGUCUCCACAGCAGGACCAUGCCAGUCAGGACAAUGAGGUACAGCCCACCACCCUGACACCAACAGUCCUAUGGAGGGAUGUGGAGGUCACCUCAGAAGUAUCAGAGGGGGCUACAGUUUCAGAGGAGAACAGGCCAGGGGUCAGUGAGGCCUUGGACCAGAUGCUUUCUGCUGGUGUGGGACCAGAAAAAGAGCCCGAGCCAACCCACCCACAGCCCAACAUGGUGGAGCAGCUGUCCGACCACAGAGGACACUAUGAAAUAAAAAAUCACUCUGGAAACCCUCACCUUCCUGGUGAUUAUCUUUUUGAGGUGGCUGUUGAAGUGAACUUCCAGCAGGACUUUGAGUCUUCAGAGCAGCUGUCCAUGGCCCUGCAGCAGCCAGUGAAGGCUCUGAUCACCAAGAAGCUGGAGGCUCUGCACUCACUGCUGUCACUGUCUUUUAAGAGAGUCAAAAGGAUAAGCGUGGGGGCAUUGUGCAUCCUCUGGCUGCAGGUCAGACACAGACCAGAAGAUCUUCAGGUCCGCAGGGUCAUGAACUCACUGCACGAACUCACCACAGACAUGAUCAGCCUCCGAGGAAGGACUGAGAAAGGAAUCAUCAUGUCCAUGUCGAUAGCUGAUGUAAACGAGUGUGGGACCAUGAUGGUGAUGUGUGACGUUAACGCAGACUGUGUGAACAAAUUUGGUUCAUACGUGUGCCACUGCAGGCCAGGCCUCAAGGACGCCUCCCGCCUGGGAUCAGGAGGAACGGUCUGUGUGGAUGUGAAGGAAACAGGUUGCAGCUCCGGUCUGUCUGCAGAGACUAAAGGCGUCUACGUGCUCUUUUUCCUGCUCAGCAGUCUCAUCCUGAUGCUGCUGGGGGCAGCCGGCAUGCUCUACCACCGUCACCACCGGGGGGCGUUCCUGGUCCGCUGCCAUAGCAACCUCUCUCAUACUGACCCCAACAACAACCACCACCAUCAGCAUCAUGAAGGUGACCCUGACCUGACACCCCCGCCCCCUCCACCUCCCGCCCGGGGCUUCAGGGAGGGCUGGCCUCAGAUGAAGGAGCACCUCCCCCCCGUCGACCUGCCGCUGCUGCGCUUCAGCCCGCUGCUGCCUCCAGACGACUACACGGAGCCACAGGAGGGCGGGAGGAAGUGAGGGGACGAGGACCUGGAGCUGGGAUUCUUUACCGUAUCUACACUCUACACAUGGAAAUGUAUUUUAUUUUAUUUUAUUUCAGUUGUAUAUCUGCGGUAUUUACUCUGAUGGAUUAAAACCACAAAUUAUCUGCAUCA